AAACCAAGCAAAUUGGUUGCAGUAGACGCAAUUUUCUUUUGUGAAGUUGGACAAUUAAGAAAUAUAUGAAAUGUGUGAAAUAAAGGCGAAGUAAAGGCAUUUUGUGAAUUGAAUGAGGAAACGAUAAGAAAACGCACGAAAAUGGAUGUGGACGACAAUUUUUAUGACGAAUUGUCGUCUUUUAUGCCGUCGCCAGACGAGUAUGGCCUCAAUAAUAGUGAUCUGGACGACAUCAUCGGAUCGACAGUGUCCCAGCUGGAUUCAUCUAUUGAUUUAAAUACCUUCAUACCGCCACCACCACCUGAGCAGCUGCCACCGCAGCUGAACACAUUGAUGUACUCGGAUUUACCGCAACCAAUUGGACAGAGCCAACUAGAUUUUGAUUUAGGUUUUGGUUCAUUAUCGGCAUUCUCUUCGCCUGCAUCGUCCUCGGAACGCACCCCAUCUACAUCCUCUACGGAAGGACCCGACUACUUUGACGACUUGAUGAACUUCCUUAACAAAUCUGAUGUAUUGACCCGUGACAAUCUAUUAGAGCACAUGCAGGCCCGCAACACACCCUCACCAACAGGCAGUUGUAGCAGCUCCAGCGGCAGUUCGACCAGUGGAGUUCACAGCGACAUUUCGGACACGUGCAGCAGAGCGAGCAGCGUAUCUCAGAGCAAGUUGCACGAUCAGAUCGACAUCGAAUCGGCCGCGUUUGGUUCCCAGCAGACACAACAAGCAACAUACACGCCCAGCUUUGAGGAUGCAAGCCUCGCUUCUAUGCUUAGAGAGGGCAGUGAAGAUAUGUUGAUGCAGCCACAACCUCACCUGAUGUCGGUAAUUACAAUGCCCGUAUUGCAGCAGCAGCCGUCAACGCAGCCAUUUACCGUCAAGGUUGAGCCAGGAAUGCCCGUCCCAAUAAUGCCGCCACCCGUUAAAGUCGUGCCUGCACCGCUUCAGGUGAAAAUAGAAAACCCUUCACCCGCUCCUGAGCCGGCCACUGCUACUAAAGUGGUCACAUCGGCAACCACAAGCACCGGCAAACCGAAAACAAUAUUCCUCUCCUCCAAUGACUUCAAGGCCCUCAUGCAGAAAAUGAAUUCUACCAAUGCCAAGGGCGUGAAGAUUAACGGCAGCGUCAAUGCACAAAUGCCCAAGAUCAUCAUGAAGACCAACAAUGGCAAGAUAAUAGCUGCCAAUAAAAUGGUGCAGCCGAUGAACGUCACGCAUGUCAACGCUCCCAAGUUGGUGAACCAGCAGACUUCCCAUCCAACGAAACUCGCAACGAGCAGCCGUGCCGCUAUCAGUGGCACCUCCCGCCCACUGGCUGCAACAACAACACAUACUGCAUCGUCUGCAGAACCAUCUGGUGUUAUCUACAGGGGAAUGAUUGAUGAGAAAAUGUAUAAGAAGCAGCAGCGCAUGAUUAAGAAUAGGGAGUCGGCAUCGCUUUCCCGCAAAAAGAAGAAGGAGUAUGUCGUCUCGCUUGAGAGUCGCAUCAACAAACUCGAGCAGGAGAACUACACAUUGAAGGGGGAAAAUGUUACAUUGCGUAAUCAAUUGGUCGCCUUUGCCAGGACCUGCAAGUGCCGCGACGGCAACGUUAGUGAAUUUGUGCUUAAUUCGCUGAACGCAUCGGUUAAGGGCGAACAGCAACACGUGAAGAUUGCGCCGAAACCCGCUCUGAAAAGUCUCAAGCAACGAAUGACAGCAGCCACUGUCAAGAAGAAUGUAGCUGUGCUGUUUGCCAUGGCGUUUAUGGUGACCCUGAAUGCGGGCAACUUCCAGUCAUAUCUGAAGAAGACGAAUCUAGAUGGGGAUGGCGCCGUUCUUGAGUCCAUGGUGGAGGAGCCCAUGUCCACUGGUCGUCGUCUGCUUUGGGUCGAGACCGAGGAGGAGUACAAUGAGAAGCUGAACCGCAGCAAGCGCCAAGCAGCAGCAGAAUUGGAUGUGCCACCACUGCACUUCCUGCGCCCCGCAAAUCGUAGUGCCAACGGCACCAGCACGGCAGCUAGUGAGACCAGCUUUGAUCCGCCACCGCUGGCAAGUGUUGUGCCACCCAAAUGCAAUGGAUCUUGUGCCGCAACUGCAGCGAGUGGCAAUCAGUCUGAAUUCUCGCGCCUGGCACAUAAUCUGCACAAAUGGAUUGACGGCAACGACUAUCUGAAUCUGAGCAUGCACACGAAAUUUGGCAACGAACUGGACAACCCACAUGGCUUCAAGUUAACAACGGACUAUCUGGAAUUGAAAACUGACAUGGAACGGCAAUCGCCUCAUCCGGGCAAACGCAAGAUAUACAUCGACUACAAUGAAAAGGUGACUGGCCACAAGCAACGUAAAAUGGACACUACGGAUACGAAAUUACAUGAAAAGGACGACUUAAUGCCGCUAACACAUAAGGACAACGGAGAAAAAUCACUAAAACUAUAUAAGCCGAACAUUGACGAGGAAUACUUGCGACUAUUUAAGGGCAUUAAGCGACAGGACGACACUUUUUACGUCCUCUCAUUCAACAUGGAGCAUAUUCUGCUGCCGGCCUCUUCCUAUAACAAGAGUACCAGACCGAAGAUGUCAUUGCUAUUGCCAACCGGCGAUCCAACAAGAAACGGCGACAUCGUCCUAAUGCAGAUCGAUUGCGAAGUAUUCAAUACCACACAGCUCGAGCUGAAGUCCCACAUGAUACCGGCCAAGCUGCGCCCAAAUGUGACCAAAUGGCAUCCAACCACACCCAAGCCGACCGAUGUGGCUAACAAUGAGACGCAAGGAACAGCCGCGAAGUCGCGCGAUAAAUUGCCACUCAAGUUUGAGCCACCGAAGGAGAAGCCGCGCGUGCGUACAUAUUUUAUGAUGGGCCCAAAGAAUCAAGCCGCGGCAGCAGCAUCUUCGGAGCAGCCCCGUUUGGUCAAAUUUAAUAGCACCGAACCAACUAUAGCCAAUCAGCCAGCCAGAAAUGGCACACUAUAUGCGCGAAUGCGCGAAACAGUGCGCGGCGAGUUUGGUCCUUAAGGGAUCACACCAACCAAGCCUUUAGCUAGAUCAGUGUUUGUACAUUUAUUUCGGUUUCACCCGUCACGUUUUGUAUUUAAAUUUUGAACUCUAAGGUUCUCUCAUUCUACUUGAGGUUUCUCGUUUCAAAGCUGCAUUGCAUUUUAAAUAUAAAUCGGAAACUAAACUGCUCAUCCAUAUUGAAGAUUUUAAUUAAUUGUAUUGAAAGUUUGCUCAACAAAGAGUCAAAGCGUUCACGGCGUGAAAGUAUUGUAUUAGACAAAGCAUUAUAUUUUGUUUUUGACGGACAGAUGUAACUUAGAUCUACUUUUUAUAUGUACUAUAUAUGUUAGGCAAUUAUAUGAUUUCUUGAAGAUGCAAUUUUUAUAUUAUAAGUGUAAUAUUAUUAUCAAUCAUUUUUUCCUGGCACGAAAAUGUUCUUUCACAUAUAUAAUAACCGGAUAUGCAAUAAACAGAUAUACACUUUUGUUAUAUAAUAACUUAGUAAGUACUUUCAAUGUGGCAAUAGCAAAUAGUUUUUAAUAUUUAGUUAAAAAUACUAUAUAUAAAUUACAUACAGGCUGAUCAAAUCAAAUGUUCAGUUGAAAAUGUAUUAGUGCUUUGUUUAUUUCACAUAUGUUUUCUUAUGUCCCAAAGUUAUUAAAUCAACGUAGAAUUAAGAAAACUAAAA